UCUAACGCCUCGCGGGGCAGCUGCUCGGCCGCGCGCACGCACGCGGGUCUGCAGAAUACAUGCAGCUCCUCCUCGAGGGGGUCGCGGUGACUGAGAGCCCCCACCCCCUCGUCUCUCUCUCUCUUCCCCCCGGCUCCGCCUGCGCCCGCCCCGGCACGGAUUGUUGACAAAAGACGCUGCGAGACGGAGCGAAGGAACCCAGAGCCUGGUACUGGUGAGCAGAUCUGCCCGUUGUUAACUUAACUUAUUUUCCUAAACAGUUAGAAUAAGAAGAUCGGGACGACGGGGAUAGGGGGCACGAGGACUCUUCCGUUCCUAGAAACCCGUGUGGCCGAGGUGAUUCGGUUGUCGGCGGUGGUCGGACCGCAGCAGGCCGGUGUGAAGUCGACGCCCCCCCCACCCCCUUCCUCUCCUCGCGAUUGGUAUUUACCGACAAAACCAGCGGCCAAGAUGGGUCACUCGCUGUGAGUGGAAGGGCCAGACCAGCGUUACAGGAGGCGGCGGCGGCGGCCUUGGGUAGGUCUAUUCAACCGGGAAUGGUGUGAGCUGAGACGACCAGGCAGUCUGGAUCUGACCGGGGACCCGUCAUUCCCCCGGAGCCUCCGCAGCUCCAAGCUGCGUCCUGAGCCCUCCAAGAUGGGGAAGUGCGACGGAAGGUGCACGCUGCUGGUGAUAUGUUCACUGCAGUUGGUGGCAGCGCUUCAGAGGCAGGUGUUUGAUUUUCUGGGCUACCAAUGGGCUCCCAUCCUGGCCAACUUCCUGCACAUUAUGGCUGUCAUCCUGGGCAUGUUUGGCACCGUGCAGUUUCGCUUCAGAUACCUUAUCUUUUAUGCAGUAUGGCUGGUUCUUUGGGUGGGUUGGAACUCGUUCAUUAUCUGUUUCUACCUGGAGGUUGGAAACCUGUCUCAGGACAGGGACUUUCUCAUGACGUUCAACACAUCCCUUCAUCGUUCGUGGUGGAUGGAGCAUGGUCCUGGUUGCCUGGUAACGCCAGUGCUAGACUCUCGCAUGGCCCCUGACGACCACCAUGUCAUCACUGUCUCCGGGUGUCUCCUUGACUACCAGUACAUAGAGGUCUUGAGUUCGGCCAUUCAGAUCCUAUUGGCUCUCUUUGGCUUUGUAUACGCCUGCUAUGUGAGCAAAGUCUUCCAGGAUGACGAGGACAGCUUUGAUUUCAUCGGUGGCUUUGACUCAUAUGGCUACCAGCCUCCUCAGAAGUCCUCACAUCUGCAACUGCAGCCUCUUUACACGGCUGGUUAACCGUUGGUAGCGCCCCCUUCAGGCCAAACCCUGACGGUGUCACUGUGGAUGGAAAGCGGCAUUUGCCUCAAUUACACUCACUCUGUGUCACAGUUUACCGGAGGAAUGGACUUACCCCACCCAGAGGGAGAGACGUCUGUGCGUGUGUGCAUGUGUGCUUGAGUCUGAGUAAGAGAAAUACAGCCCUGAAUAGAAUGUACAGAGCUCAGGGAAGAACCAGCAUGCCAGGUGGUGUGAUAAGAUGAAGGAGGAGACAGGGAGGAGAGAUACAGAGAACAAGAGCUGGGGACACCUCUGUCAAAUCACAGAAGACACACUUCACUAAACUGCCAGCUCUCAGCGCUCCCACGUGUGUGUGUGUGUGUGUGUGUGUGUGUGUAACCACAGGACUAGCUGGUGCUUUGUGGUUGCACCCUGGACUCUACCACUCGGUGUCCCUGUGAAUUAUUAUUUUUUGGGUGCUCGUGUGUGUGUGUGUGUGUGUGUGUGUGGGGGGGGGGGGGGGUCACAUAAUAAAAAGAGGCACGGCUCAUACCUGUUGUUGUUUUAGAAUGUGGUAAUGUUGAACUAGAGCAGUCUUACGAUUCCCAUUCCAAAAGCCAUCUUUCCUUCCUCCCAUGCCGUUAAAACCACUGUUGACAUUCAAGCUUUAUACAUUACCGACCCGACUUGCUGAGGUAGUAAAACAGAGCUGGUGGAGCAGAAAGGAUGAACUGCUUAAAGGAUCAGACUGGCAAUAUUUUAUACAUUUUAUUAUUGAACAAAACCAACAAAUGCGUUCAUCCGUCUCUCCAAACAGCUUGCGUCUCUCAGGCCAUUAGUUCCUGGAGGCGUAAAUUGUUAAAAAAAAGAGUCACGGAAAUAUACUUUCAUUUUAAAAUAAGUCAAUAAGUUUUGGACAACAAUGGAUUUCACAGGGGAAUGCGGUACAGUAUAUCAGGCUUUGGCUACACAGACAGUAAUUGUUAGUAGAAUCAAUUUAUUGUUGGUGUUUGUCUUUUCAUGUGAUUUGUUGACAAUGAAAAAAAUAUAGAAUAUCACCCGACAAAAACUUUAAAGUUCUGAGUUACCUCAAAAAUCAUUAUAGAUAUUUUGUUUUCUGGAAAAUAAAUUCAGCCCAACUGUACAUGUUAUGCUGUUGAAUAGGGAUGCAGAUGGCUUUGGAAUCAGGCAUUAGUGUCUAUGGGGGAGGGGGCGUGUGGGGUACUGUGCAUGUAAAUAACCAGCGAGUGAUUGUUUUGUUGGUUCCAUUUAGAAAAGUGGGGUUGCAUUAGGGGGUGGGUAGGGCUUGGGGAAGAUGGGUACACAUCAAAGUUUUUCUUCAUACCUGUUUUCUCUUGCUCUCUCUUUUGGGAUAUCCUCAUGCUGCCCUCUUCUGACCCAUCUGCAGCUAAUUCUCUCCAUCAUCUUUCUCAAUAACUACAUUCACCUCUGCAGCUCAUUCGCUGAUUUCCACCAGAGCUUGGUGAUAUAGGAGACCUAAGAGAUCCAUAAUGUCACGAUCAGUAGUUUUUGUAGAUGUUAUUGGAGUCAUGAAGAGGGAAGAAGGGAAAUAGGUAUGAGGUGAAGACCUUAUUGGGUGUAAGGAGAAGUUUGAAAUAAUAAAAAUACACUUUCUACGUUAAA